UCAGUUUCUUACCAACAGCAAGAAGCCCACAGACAGCCGGGAGCAUGUCUUCAACAACAUCAAGAAGAACCAAAUGGCAUCCUCCUCCGCCCACUCCCAAGAUCCUCCACUUCACCCUCAGCCGCAGGACCCGCCGGAAACAGCCCACCCCAACCACCCAUCAUCGCCGCCGCAGCAGCAACCCUUUACUCUUUAUGAACCAUGGCAACCUCUCUUCCAGGGAAAAUCUUGAGAACCACUUUGAUCGAGAAAACAAUGAGUUGAAUGAAGCCCGCCUGCUUUUCUUGAAUUCUAACUCGAGGGUUGAGAGGCGAGGGAGAGUGGAAGAGGAGUGCGGUGGUGGAGGAGGGGGCAACGGGUUUGAGGAGGAGAAGUGGAUGUUUCAGGCGGAGAUGCUGAGGGCUGAGUGUAAUAUCUUGAGAAUGGAAAGAGAGUUUGCUUUGAAGAAGUUGGAGAGGAAUAGAGUUAAGAUGGAGAGAGCUCUCCGAUCAGCUGUUCACACACUUGUCUCUGGAAGAAAGAAGAUUUUUGAAGGGAAGAAUGUGAAUGUUCUGUUGGAGAAAGAGAUUGAAGAGUUAUCGGAGAAGUUAGAGGAAUUGCACAAGAGUUCAAGAAUGAAAGAUUAUAAAGUUAGAAAAUGCAGUAAUUUUGACAAGAAAGCAUGGAUUUUGCAGCGUCGACUAGAAAAGCUAGGAGAAUCAUCAGAUGAUAGUUCUCUCAAAGAGCUGCAAAUACUGCCCCAAUCAAGCUCUUCCAUCAACACUAGUUGCAACGUUGAUAAACAGAGCUGUGUUACGAAUGGCAAAGCCGAAAGUAAAUCCACUGAAGUGGAUGAGCUAAGGAAGAAAAUGGAGGGACUAUCAAAAGGGAUGUUAGAUAGAGUGGAGGAAGAGUAUGGCUCCAUGCUUUCUACUACAGCAAAUUGCUCUAUUGCCAGCUCGGCUUCUACUUCCAAGGGAAUUGAUUGUCCCAAUUUCUCUAGUUUUCCAACCAGACAAAUGCAUCAGGAACCAACGUUGGACGAGGAUAACAGAUGCUCAGGACGUUGUAAGGCCAUCAUUGGCAGAAUUGUGGAGCAAGUGAGGGCGGAGACUGAGCAAUGGUCACAAAUGCAAGAAAUGCUGGGGAGGGUGAGGGGAGAAAUGGAAGAACUGCAGGCGUCCCGUGAUUUCUGGGAACAUCGAGCGCAUAAUUCAGAUAGCGAGAUUCAGUCCCUUAAACAUGCUGUGGAAGAAUGGAAAGAGAAAGCUCAUGGGUAUGAAAACAAGGCCAAUGAGCUGCAACUCCAACUAUCUGUGCUUCAGGAGGAGCUUAAGAAAUCUGAAGCAGAAGUAAAACUUGAGACAAACAGGGAGUUAAAGACGAUUUCGGAUCCUCCAAGAAAACAACUUGUAAUGAAAAGUCAUGUAUUAAAAUGUCACUUGAAGGAAAACCAAUGUUGUGAUGAAUUUGAGAAUGCCAAGGAUGAGCUGAAUAUGGAAGAAAAUAGGGUCACAACGCCGACGAAAGAGUUGGCGCCUAUUUCUUUGGCUAAGCAGCUUGCAAAGGAGAAGAGAAUGCUUCUUCUUCGGUUAAGGGACAAGCGACACGAUAGUGAGAGAGGCAACGAAAAGAGCAAACGAUCACCAUUGCGAGAUAUUGGAAAUUCGUUGUCGUUGAGAGGACAAAAUGGUUUUUCCUUUUAAUUUGAGAAAGUGGUAAAAGGCAACUCCGAUUGUCAUAGUGAUGGAAGAGGAAGGUAGCCAAAGGCAUCUUUCCAGAUUGCUGAAUUCUUGUUCUCUAUUUGCAGUGGUAGCCCAGAGAAGGCAAAUUGUAAGUGUAAUGCUAUUCAGCUCUCUCAGAAUGAUGAAUAAGCCCUUUUAGAUUCGCAUAACUUCAAAUUAGCGACAUCAUUGAUG